GAAAAGUACCUACAUACCUAUCGAUCUGCCAUGGACCUUACCCCGGUACAUGAUUACAUAAGUUCUAUAUAUCUACCUAUCUACUUGCAAGCAAUUGUUUCAACAACAAGAAAAAAAAAGUUGAUAGAGGCAUUGCUAAUAUUCAUGAAGACGCAUUAAGUCUUUUGUCCUCCUUUUCCAUCCUUUCAAAAUUCAAAACGCACUUAAAGUGCCUUGCCGGUUUCUAUAGCGUUUGAGACCCGAGGAACUCAAAGAAAUCACGUUCAAGUCCCCUCUGGAAAAAAAAAAAAAAAACAGCAAGCUCAACCGCCAAUUGACUUAAUUUACACCCCGCCAACUACGUACCUACCACCCAGAUGGCCGAGUCCACCAGCCUCUCAACGGCGCUCAUCGCGACAUCUCUCGUCGCAUUCUUCUCUGGCUUUGGACUCGGAAUCUACUCAAUAAGGGGGUACAUCGUGCCGCCUUCACUCACGUCACAGCGGCAGAGGACGCUCAACGACCCCAUAGAGAGCGACGAGUCCGAUGUCGACGAAGACGACACCGUCCUAGAUCACGCGCCGAACUGGGCGAAUGGCGCGGAAGCAGAUACGAAGCAGGGUUUGCGGACGCCAGGUCCCCGGAAAGACGAGGGCGAGAAGAAGCAGGCGGGCGAUGAUGUAGACGCCGAGGCGAAGAGCGCAAAGCGAGAAGCAGAGACCGCCCAUCCCAGACAAGCCGCCGUGAAUCCCGGCAGCAACCCCAACGAGGAGUGCAAGUUAGUGCUCGUCGUGCGGACUGAUCUCGGCAUGACAAAAGGCAAAAUCGCGGCGCAGUGCUCCCAUGCCACACUAGCCUGCUACAAGACGCUUAGCCGGAGUGCCGCCCGCCGGCCCACGUCAGCCGAAGCUAAGAUUCUUCAGCGAUGGGAGAGGCUCGGACAGGCGAAGAUCGCUGUCCAAGUCAAAUCGCAGGACGAGCUGCUUACGUUGAUGGGCAAGGCGCGGAGCCUGGGGGUCACAGCUGAGGUUAUACAGGAUGCUGGACGUACGCAGAUUGACCCCGGCAGUUUGACGGUACUUGGCGUUGGGCCGGCACCCAAGAGCCUUGUAGACCAGAUCACGGGAGGUUUGAAGUUAUUAUGAGCAUACUCGACACAACAAGAAUCCAAGAGCCCACGGAGAAUUCAUCUCGUGAGAGCAUGAGUGCCGCCACUCAUGGCACCCAUGAGGCUGAAGUCUUGAGUAGGUAAUCUUAUCUUGGAGCUGAUGGCAAUUACCAGUGACAUCAUAGUUAUUUGAUCGCCAUUGGGUGUACAAUAAAACCGGGUUAAAAACCAAGUCACGACAAACAUUUAGAGUCAUAACAAAGAUC